UCUAUCUUUCAUGCAGCAUGUGAGAUGAACGUGCAUAAACGAUGUGAGAAGUUGGUCCCCAACCUAUGUGGAUCAGACCACACGGAGCGCCGUGGACGUAUCGAGCUGAAAAUCAAAUGCGAUGGCUCUGAACUUCGAGUCGAGGUUGUAUCGGCCAAAAACCUGAUCCCCAUGGAUCCCAACGGCCUGUCGGACCCUUACGUCAAGCUGAAACUGAUCCCGGAUGCCCACGGCAAGAGCAAGAAGAAGUCCAAGAAGAUCAAGGGAACCCUCAACCCCGACUUCAAUGAGAGCUUCACUUUCAAACUCAAGGAAGAGGACAAGACCCGCAGAUUACUCAUCGAGGUCUGGGACUGGGACCGGACCUCCCGCAAUGACUUCAUGGGCUCCAUGUCCUUCGGCGUGUCGGAGCUGAUGAAGAACGGCGUGGACGGCUGGUUCAAGAUGCUAAACCAGGACGAGGGGGAAUACUACAACGUCCCGGCUGUGGCUGAGGAUAUCAGCAUCAGUGAACUUCAAGAGAGGAGAAAGCAAGAGAAGAUAUCCAGUAACUUUGAAAACAAACUGUCCCUCAAGAAGGAUGUAUCCCUAACACACACCGGUGACAUGGUGCGGGCCAGCGAUUUCAACUUCAUCACAGUACUCGGUAAAGGCAGCUUUGGCAAGGUGAUGCUGGCAGAGAAGAAGGGCACAGAGGAGCUCUAUGCAAUCAAAGUCCUCAAGAAGGACGUCAUCGUUCAGGACGAUGACAUCGAGUGCACCAUGACAGAGAAGCGCGUCCUGGCCCUGGAGAGCAAACCUCUAUUCCUGACCCAGCUCCAUUCCUGUUUUCAGACCGCCGACCGGCUCUACUUCGUCAUGGAGUACGUCAACGGCGGCGACCUCAUGUUCCAGAUCCAGAAAGUGGGCAAGUUCAAGGAACCGCAUGCUGUAUUCUACGCAGCCGAGAUAUGCAUAGGUAUUCUGUACAUGCACAGCAAAGGCGUGGUGUACCGGGACCUGAAGCUGGACAACGUUCUCUUGGACUCGGAGGGCCACAUCAAGAUCGCCGACUUUGGCAUGUGUAAAGAGGACAUGACAGAGGAGAAGACCACUAGAACGUUCUGUGGGACGCCGGACUACAUUGCACCGGAGAUUGUUGCCUUACAGCCUUAUGGGAAGGCUGUGGACUGGUGGGCCUACGGUGUACUACUGUAUGAAAUGCUAGCGGGCCAGCCCCCGUUUGACGGUGAAGAUGAAGACGAGUUAUUCCAGUCCAUCAUGGAGCACAACGUAUCCUACCCCAAGUCCAUGUCCAAAGAGGCUAUCUCCAUCUGUAAAGGGUUUCUGACCAAGCAUCCCGCUAAGAGGCUAGGUAGUGGUCCCAAUGCCAGCAAGGACAUUCAGGAGCAUCCCUUCUUCAGACGUAUCGACUGGGGCAAGCUGGUCGAUAGAGAGGUUCAACCGCCCUUCGUCCCCAAAAUUAAAUCCUCCAGGGACGCUGAAAAUUUUGACCCCUAUUUCACCAACAACCCGGUGACACUAACCCCUACCGAUCAAAUGAUUAUCAGAGCCCUGAACGAGGACGAUUUUGCCGGCUUCAGCUACGUCAACCCCUAUUUCGAGGCUCAGACAUAGUCUGGUAGACGGACCACCAGUGCUGCCGCAGUACUAACCCCUGUCAAGCUGCUGGGGCCUUUCCGCUGUGGUUUUUCGGGCUGCUGAGUUUAAUUUUGUACUUGGCCUUUUGCCGUGUGGUCUAGGCCAAACUUGGUCUGCCUUUUACUGGGUACUAGCUGGAAUUAUGGGUUUAAUACGGUACAUUUUUGCAUGUUGGAGCACGUGAAAUAGUUUAUGUUGGUUUGCAGUGCCUGACAAGGUUUGGGCAGGUCAUUGCAGGCUUUGAAAUCCGACCAAAGUAUUGUAAGCUGAAAUUGUUGCGGGGAGGUAAAUGAAAGGGGAAGUUGAUUAUUUUGAGGAAUUAAAUUAUUCAAGUUUUACCAAAACAAUUGACUGGGCUUGCCUAACCUCAAGCUGGACUGGAAAGUCAUAGUUUAGUACAUUAUAUAUACUCGGGGAGUCAGUCGGGGAGUCAGUCAGUCAGCCAGAAGACAGAAGGCUCACCCUUCAGGUGCAGGAAAUACAGAAGUGGAAUGCCAAGUGUUGAAUGCAGUUUCCUUGGGGCCAAGCAAAAUUUGCUCAUGUUUUUAUAACAAUGUCUUUCCGGGGCACAUCUAGAUUAAGUAACUUUAGUCUGGUCCCUGCUUUUCACUUCGGUUGGCUAGGUUUUUUUUGAAAAGGGUGCCAGUCAUCUUACAUGUAUGCUAUCCUCUCCUGAAAAGAAAUUUGCAUUGUUUUCAUUUAUGCACAUCAUUGUAGUUUUGGUGUAUUUCAGUUUCUGAAAAUGUUCAAGUCUGUGCUGUCAGUAUUAUGUAUCUGCUCUGUGGAACCUCUAAUCAGGUUGCCCUUACACAGUUACAACAAAAACGCUGCUUUUUUUGGUGGCCAUUUUUGUGCAAAGAAUGUAGCAUGUCUGUCUUUUUAGACACGACUGUGUGCACUGAACUUAAUGCAUCAUGUUUAAGGGCAGCCCUGACUAUUGGCAGUAGUUGUACACAGAGCUGGUAUGCGAAGUUCUUUCUCCCAUUCCCCCACCUAUGUGCUUGCAAAAUGGCUGUGUCCAUGCUAAAUGAAAUCCUUCAAGAUUUAUGGUGUGUAACCUCAUUUAUGUAUCAUGCAUGGCCAUUCAUCCCGUAGAGUGUGCUAUAUUUAUCGGGAAACUCAACAGCAAUCAGUUGAAAUAACUUCAGGUUGUCAUUUCCAUUUUAAUAGUAUUCGCGCUUUGCACGGCAUGGCCAUAUUGAAUUCCAAAGCGAGGCUCCACUUGCAAAACAAAGACUCUCUAAAUAUCCAUUCAAGUGGCUAAAAAAACCUUGCCAUUGCAUUUCUUUUUCAACCAAACCGUGCCAACCAACCAAAGGGCCCAUUGCUUGGACUUUUUGCUGGAUACCGUGUUUGUUUGUCUACCAUGCAUGAGUGUUCAUUGCCAUGCUAUGAUGUAUUUUCUUUGUGGAAUGUUGAACUGUUGGUGCAUGUUUAUGGUUGUCCCAUAAAAACCCAUCCCUUGACUUGUUCAGUUGUCAACCUAAAAGCAUCCUAAAAAAUGACAGCAAACGAACGAAGAAUUGUUAACUAGGUCAGACAGAUUUCAUGUACAUGUGCCCAAUUUCACGGUGCUGCUAAGCACACAAGUUUGCUGGGCACAAAAAAA